ACGAAAAUCGCACUCCGUGCUGUCUUAGAUAAGAAAGAGAAGUGCUUUUUAUGUUUAAAAAUUAGAAUUUAGAACAAACCAUACUUACGGCAUCAAUUGUCGCACGUUUCGCUGCCUUCGGAAGCUUUGUUACGUCUCGCAGCACGGAGUUUGAGCUACUAUCGUGGCACUAUCGCACACACACUUGUAAGGUUGCACCCGACAAACACAAAAACCAUGACCGUCGAGCGGAUCGACACGUUCUACGAUCUGGACACGAUCUACAGCACGAUCGAGCGGAUGCUGCUGCUCAUACGCCAGCUGUCCGGGGUGUCCCGGUUGGGCGAGAACGGACGCUCGCUUUCCUUCGAGCUGCAGUGGAGCAAUGCGAUCGAUGAGCGCAAGUAUCAGAUCGAGGAGCUGCGCAGCUCCGUCCAGUACCUGUUCGCUCAGUUCCGCAAGAUCUACCUGGUCAACAAGGACCUGUACGCGCAGCUAAACAAACGCGGUGGCCGUGUGUUUGAGCUGGACAAGCAGAUUGAGGCACAGGGGGACAGCAAGUGCCUAUACUUUCUAGCCGAUGCGAUCAAGUACGAGCCGGCGCUGCUCGCGAUGCAGCGUGUGCUCGAUCGUACGAUGCGCGAGAUACGCAUCUUCCGCAAUCAGCGCAACCAGCACAAGCUGGAACUGUGCAUUGGUCACAUACGGUCCGAAAACUACGACAAGGUGUACGAUGAGUACUGCUCGUUUGAGAACGGGCUGCAGCAGCUACCGUCCAUCAUCGAGCCGGUGUUCGAGCGCGACAUGAAGAAUCUGCUCAAGGUGUUGCUCUUUCUCACCGGCUACCGCAAGCAGAACAAACCAAACUCGGCCGAAACGUUCGUCGCGGGGUGCGAGUAUUUGCUGGCACAGCUAAAACAAUCGCACGAACUGCUGGAGCAUCCGCUCUGUCUGCUGCUGUACGGGUUUGUGGUGGAUUCGCUCCAGGAACAGCCGGAACUGUCGCUAGCGUCGCGGCUGAAGGACGUGUUUCGCGAGCGGCUGGAGUGUGUCCGGUCGGAGCUGCUCGAUUGCAUCCAGCGAACGGUACGGCUCAUCCAAACGGCCCCACAGCGGGCCGCUCCGCUGGCGAAGCUGUUUCACCAUCUCGCGGAGGAGCUGCUGAUCGAGCUGCUCAAGCGUGCGUACGAAGGUGAGGUACGCAAUUUGCACAACAUUCUGCAGUUUGUGGCUCAUCUGUCGUGCAUCGAUCACGACAUCAUCGCGUAUCGUGUGCUGUACGCCCAGAUGGAGCAUUACGAUCAUCUGUUUCAGCCGGAAAUAUUUCUGCUAGCCUAUCGCAUCAAGCAGACGGCGCUGGGGGCCGGUUUUCCCACCGCAAGUCUGCGUGGGGAUCUGGAGCGCCUUAAAACCAGCCUACCGCCCGUCGUGGUCACGAUCCUGUGGAGUACGGUCACCAUAUCGCGGCACGAGUCACGCAUUCUCCUGAAAUUCAGCGGCAUCGGCAAGGACGUUGGCUUUUCGCGCUACAUUGCCGACAAGAAUCGGGUCGAGUUUGAACCACUGGAGGAUGGUAACUGUUUCCGGCUGAGGGCGUGCACGGUGGGAGGCUAUCUGGGCGAGAGCGGCACCGGCCGGCCGAUGGUUGCGGGCAAGUCGGAAAGUCUUUCGAAUGCAAAGUUUCGCUGGCGAUUGAUACCGGUCGAGGGUUGCGAGUACUUUCGGGUGCAGAACUAUGCCAGCGGCGCGUUUCUGUACUCCCAGAUACCGUGCGAGUCCGAGACGGAGUAUGAUUUCUACAACAGCCAGGAGGUGUUGCAGCUGGCGGGCAGCGAGCGAUCGCUUACCGCGCAAAACAGCUACUGGAAGGUGGGAGAAUAUUCGCGCAGUUCGUCGCGCAGCAGCAGCAGUGGCAGUGGCAGUGCGGGAGAGAACGAGUGUCGUAUAUUGUAGGAGCACAAAAAGGGGCAACGUACACAUCCAUUUGGUUUGCCCAUAAGCCGGCUAAUGACAUGGCGAGCCGGUCGGCGGUCCCGGCGGCUAAGUGCUAAUGAUGCCGCACGGUGCGUGCACCAUCACGCGCAUUGUACGCAAGGCAGCAAAAACCAGAUGCAGCUGAGUAAAUAGAGUGGAAAGGCGGUGGUGGCCGUUCCAUUUGCAGGAUGCGAUUGUUAUUUCUGCUCCCCUUGCUGGCUUGCCCACCCUACCCCUUCAACGUGGUGCUGUAACGCAACGGCCGGAAUUAUUCCAUUGCGGCAGUGAAUAAGGACCAUAAAUAACCCAUCCUCAUUCAUGGAGCAUAUGGUCCGGCGCAAAGAAGGGGUACGGCCGUUUGUUUUGAUUGUAGCACCAGUUAAUCGAGACCGGGCGUGAAUGAAUCAGACACUCGGGGCGUGUACAGCAGACUGUGGACUGUGGCUCGAUCUCUAAAUAUUCCUACGCAUAUUCCCCGGCCCUGCACGGAGCUAUGCUCCGAAUGGUCCAAAUUUAUACCUGAUUCCGCAACCGGAAACAACAAAGAACGAAGAAGCGAGCCCUUGAAACGUUUUUGUUGAUGUUUUAAACCAACAAUUUGGGACAGCGCGUCCCCCGGAACGUGAUCCUCUCUGAUACGUAGUGCUAUAUUUUAAGAAUGACGAAAGAAAAAUCAUCCCGCGUUGUUUGGCGCAGCGCACGAAUGGAGUUGGACCAGCAGGGUGGAUUAACUUUGGUGGCGCAGCAUUGUUUACGUUUCACACUGUGGUGUGUUUGAUCUUGUGUGGUGGGUGGUGAAGCUGCCGAAAACAAUGACGCUGCGCCAGGAUUGUCCAUUACUCAUCUCGCUGGUAGCGGAGAGACGGAGAGACUGCCCUGACCCAGUCAUGUCGCCAUGAUUGUAAGAUACGUAAUGCAUGAUAGAUGAAAGGAAUAUGAAGCGAAAGUGUAGCGCUGUUUGAAGUAUUUUUAUGAUGUAAAUAAAUAUAAUUUUAUA